AUCAGGAUCACUAUUACUUGGCAGGAGAGACUUUCUACCCAACAUGCCAGAAGCGUUGUGUGUGCCAGCCUGGAGGGAGCGUGAAGUGUGAAGCUGUCUCCUGUGGGCCUGAUGAAGAAUGCAGGUUGCUUGAUGGCAUCCAGAAAUGUCACCCGACUGGCAACGCUACCUGCUCAGUUUUUUGGCAACCCUCACUAUCUUACCUUUGAUGGGCUGUACUUUAAUUUCCAAGGGACCUGUGCAUACACCUUGGCUACAACUAGUACAGAAGAUGAGAGACUGAAUCCAUUCACAGUGAAUGUGGAGAAUGAGUCCAAUGGUGAUGGGAAGGGCUCAGUUACCAAGGCCAUCUCUCUCAUGGUGUACGGUGUCACAGUGACUCUAGUGCAGAACAAACCAGGACAGGUGAAGGUGAAUGAAGUGUUCCAGCUCCUUCCUAUGAUCCAUUCAGAAGGAAGGCUGAAAGCCUAUCAGCAUGGCAUGAAAGUCUUGAUAGAAACUGACUUUGGCCUCACUGUGGGCUAUGACUUGGUCUACCACAUGACAGUCACCAUCCCAGGCACAUACCAAGGCCAGGUGCGUGGCCUUUGUGGGAAUUACAAUGGGCAGAAGGAUGAUGAGUUCUUCCUCCCCAAUGGAAUUGUAAUCUCUAAUGCAACUGCAUUUGGAGCUGCCUGGAAGGUUGGGACUCCUGGAAAAGAUACAUCCUGCUCACCUGGAUGCUCUGGGAGUAGCUGCCCAGUCUGUGAGGGAAGGAAGAAGGAUGUUUUCAAGCAGCGCAACUACUGUGGGGUCCUCACUGCCAUUGAUGGCCCCUUCAGAGCUUGCCACAGCCAGGUGGACCCCACUGUGUACUUCAAUAACUGUGUCUAUGAUCUGUGCGUGAGCAAUGGGGACAGCCCAGCCUUGUGCCAGAGCAUCCAGAGCUAUGUGUCUGCCUGCCAAGAAGCCAGGGUCUCUGUUGAUCAUUGGAGGAGUCCAUCAUUCUGUCCUCUUAGCUGUCCAGCCAACAGUCACUAUGAGGUUUGUUCUGAUCUCUGCUCUACCAACUGUGCCAGGAUUACUGACUUCAGAGUAUGUCCAGAGACCUGUGCAGAGGGCUGUCAGUGUAAUGAUGGCUAUUUCUUUGAUGGCAUUGACUGUGUUCCUGAAGAAAGUUGUGGGUGUUUCAAGAAUGGACAUUAUUACAAGCCUAAUGAACAAGUUCUACUGAACAAGUGCCAGGAGCGUUGCCACUGUAUCCCAGGCCAGGGAGUGACUUGCCAGACCCACAGAUGUACUGCUGAUGAAAUUUGUGAGAUCCGAGAUGGCAUCAUGGAUUGCCUUGGAUCUUGUGCAGCAAGUUCGAAGGGGAAGGAAUUUGUCACAGUAUUUCUUCACAACUGGCAACCUGUACAAAAUACUAGGCUUGUGCUGCUUAUUACUGGGCAUCAUCCUGCAACCUCAGUCACAGUAACAAUUAAAAUCCCUAUGUUUCAGAGAACUAUUGCAGUUAAUGAGGGACAGAUGGUGUCAGUGGAACUCCCUACCUCUGUAGAGAUGGUUGGAACAGACCUCUUUGAUGCAACUGUGCUGAUACAAUCUGACAAAGACAUUUCAGUAUUCUCCCUCAGUUACAAGGGCUACUCACCUGGUGCCACAGUAGUCUAUCCAGUCCAGCAGCUUGGCACACAGUAUUAUGUGAUAACCCCACCAGGGGAUAUAUCAGGAACAUUCAAGGAAUUUGCUGUUGUAGCCUAUCAAACCUCUACUAGAGUUGACAUUCAUUUGACAGGCACUGUGAUAUUCAAAGGGCAGACCUAUACUGGAGGAAACAGACUUGCUGUUGACCUGGAAGCCUUCCAAGCAAUCCAGAUCCAAAGUUCAGAUGAUUUAUCUGGCACUAGAGUCGAAUCCACAGAACCUGUGGCUAUUCUGAGUGGGCACAACUGUGCUGUGAAAAACACAGCAUGCGAUCAUGUUGUUGAACAACUCCUACCUGUUUCCAGCUGGGGAAAGGCCUUCAUUAUCCCUCCCUUAUCCUUGCAGAAGACAUUUGACAUGGUGUUUGUAAUUGCUUCCCAAGCUACGCUGAUAAAAUACCAGUCUGGGCCCAAAGAAGAUUCCCGUAACAUAAUGGCAGGGGAAGUUGUCUCAUUUGAGGUGCAAGGUUCUCAUCCAUUGUACCUCUCUGCUGAUGCAGGAAUCCAGGUUGCCUACUUUUUCACAGGAGCUGAUAAUAGAGGUCUAGCAGUUGACCCAUUCCUUAUCAAUUUACCAGCCUUGACAAGCUACUGUAACUCAUACUACAUUAAUGGAAUGAAUCAGUUCAAUAGUUACGCUAUCAUCAUAGCCAAAACCUCAGAGUCCAGUGGCAUCAAAUUAGGGAAGGAACCCAUUGGAAACAUCCAGUGGACACCAGUCCCAGGCACAGAAUAUUCUUGGGCUGAACACAACCUGGGAAAAGAGGAUGGAGCUGUUACGAUGGAGCACUCCAGCACUCCUUUUGGGCUCCUCAUCUUUGGAGUCUCACAAAUUGAAGGUUAUGGUUCUGUGGCCCUUUGCUCUUGUGAUGCAAUUCCGGUCCCAGUCCCUGAGUCCUGCCCUGAGAACAGUCACUAUGAGGCCUGUGGAAAUGCCUGCCCCAUGACCUGUUCUGACCGCACUGCUCCCUCAACGUGUGAUGAUACCUGUGCUGCCAUCUGCCAGUGCAAUGAGGGCUAUGUUCUUAGCGCUGGCAAAUGUGUCCCUGUGGAGACCUGCAACUGCACUCAUAAAGGUGCAACUUACAAGGCAGAGGAGGAGUUCUGGGAUGAUGAAGACUGUCAUAUUCUCUGCAAGUGUGACCCCAAUUUAGGCAAGGUCGUGUGCAAAGAAGAUUCCUGCAAGGGCAAUAAGAAAUGUGCUGUAGUCAAUGGGGUCCGGGGCUGUCAUGCCCUCAAGCACUACACUUGCAUAGGAACUGGAGAUCCUCACUACACUACCUUUGAUGGAAAGAAAUAUGAUUUCAUGGGAACAUGUGUUUAUCAGAUGGUGGGGCUCUGCUCCAAAGAUCCUGCCCUAGUCCCAUUUAUGGUCAGUGUGGAGAAUAACAACCGAGGCAAUAAGGCAGUAUCCUUCACCAAAGUAGUGACACUUGAAGUCUACAAUAUGAACAUCAGUCUGAGUCAAGAAUAUCCAAACAAGAUUCAGGUCAAUGGAAUUUUUGUGGACCUGCCUUUCUCCUAUAAGAAAAAGCUGAAGAUCUACACCAGUGGGGUCCAUGGCUUCGUCAGAACUGACUUCGAUCUCCGGGUCAGCUUUGACUGGUACAGCUAUGCCAGGGUCAUUCUUCCCAGUACAUAUGCCAAUGCUGUCUGUGGGCUCUGUGGCAAUGCCAAUCAGGAUCCCAGCGAUGACUUUGCCAUGAAGAAUGGAACACAAACAAGAGAUGAAAUCCAAUUUGCAGACAGCUGGAAGCUCAUGGAUGUCCCAGGGUGCUCAGCAGGAUGCACCAGUGACUGUCCAGCAUGCACUACAGCAGAGAAAGAGACCUACAAAGCUGACUGCUAUUGUGGGGUGCUCAUAAGAAAGAAUGGCCCAUUCAGACAGUGCCAUGAAGCUAUUGAUCCAGCAGCCUAUUUUGAUGACUGUGUCUUUGAUACCUGUGCAUAUAGGGGCCACCAUGAAACUCUCUGCAAAGCCAUCAGUUCCUAUGUGACAGCCUGCCAAAGUCAGGGUAUUUCGAUUGGGGAAUGGAGAUCACCGUCCUUCUGUAGCCUUUCCUGCCCACUUCAUUCCCACUACGAACUCUGUGGAAGUAGCUGUCCUGCCACAUGCCAAAGACUCUCCAAGUCGUGUGAUGCUCCAUGUACUGAAGGAUGCUUUUGUGACACUGGAUUCCUCUUCAGUGGGGACCAAUGCGUUCCUCAUACAGAGUGUGGCUGUUUGCAUGAAGGCCAGUACUACAAGCAAGGAGUAACAUUCUUCCCCAUUGGUAGUUCCUGUGAAAAGAAGUGCCAAUGCAAUGACAAUGGAGCUAUUGAAUGUCAAACCUUCUCCUGUGGAACUCAUGAAAGGUGUAGGAUACAGAAUGGCAUCCAAGGCUGUUACCCCACUGGAUAUGGAACAGUUAUAGUGUUUGAUGACCCUCAUUAUAUUUCUUUUGAUGGCAGACAUUUUGAUUUCCAUGGUUCCUGUACAUACACCUUAGCUAAGGUUUGCAGUGAGAAUCCCCGACUGGUCGACUUCUCUAUAUUGAUGGAGAAUGAGAAACUUGAUGACAGGCCUUUAAUUCUUAUGAAAAAACUUGUGGUCUCUGUUUAUGGAUAUAAGGUUUCUCUUCAGAGGGGAAUAAAGUGGAAAGCAAUGUUAAAUGGGAAAUCCUACACUCUGCCAGUGAACAAAGAGGAUGGGAAACUCUGGAUCACCCAGGAGGGGAACAACAUCAUUUUCCAGGCCUCCUUUGGCCUCACAGUCCUCUAUGAUACUUCUUCAUACGUGCGUGUGUCUGUGCCUAGCAGCUACCAGGGACACAUGUGUGGUCUGGGUGGCAACUUCAAUGGAGAUAAGAGGGAUGACUUCAUGCUACCCAAUGGAGAACUUACUGAAAGUGUGGAGGAGUUUGGGGCCUCUUGGAAGGUUCCUGUGGAUGGUGCCAUUUGCUCUGAUGGCUGUGGGGAGAGAUGCACCACUUGCACUGCAGACAAGACUGAACCAUACAAGGCUGAGAGUGCUUGUGGAAAGAUCCUGUCUAAAUCAGGUCCUUUUAGAGAUUGUCACUCCUUGGAGAGCCCGGCUGAGUAUUUUGAGCAUUGCCUCUAUGGUAUGUGUGUGACUGAUGGAGCACAAGAAUCUCUCUGUCAGAGUCUCCAAGCCUAUGCACUUGCAUGUCAAGCAUCUGGAGCCAAGAUUGGAGCCUGGAGAACAGCCUCCUUCUGUCCUCUUAGCUGCCCAACCCACAGCCACUACAAGACCUGCACUGCAACCUGUGAUUAUAGCUGUGCCAGCCUAGCCACUCCAAUCCAGUGCACAAAGAGCUGCUUUGAAGGCUGCCAAUGCAAUGAAGGCUAUGUGUCUGACGGAAGCACAUGUGUCCCUAUGGACAAAUGUGGCUGUAUGCAUGGUGGAGUCUACCUCAAGAUUGGAGAGAGCAUCAGCUCAAACAACUGCACAACAAAAUGUACCUGCAGUUCCUCAGGCCAAGUCAUCUGCAUGAAAACCAGCUGUUCACCUGGGGAGACCUGUGUACUCAGUGACAGUGUGUCAACCUGUGUGAAGAAGGAUGGCGAGUGCAAACUCACCCCACAAGCCCAGCUCACUUCUUUUGAUGGUGUCUCAGGAAAAUAUGUCUCCGGUGGCAUCUACGAAAUGGCCUCUGUUUGUGAUGAAAAUGCCCUCACCUGGUUCAAAGUGUUAAUAAGCAUCAACAAAAACCAUGCUGGCACAGCAGCUGGAAGAUCUGUCUACAUUUACUUCCCACAUGGCUCCAUCUUGGUAAAAAACAAUAAACAGAUAUGGGUAAAUGGGCGCUUGGUAAUGCUACCCUACAAUAAAACCUGUGAGGGAAGUUCUAUAUCUCUGAAGAGAUUGCUGGAUGGAAUCGUCUUUGACCAGGACUCUCAGGUGCAGAUUCACCUCCAUCCUGAUGGUGAAGUGACAGUGAAAGUCAAGGGGGACCAUGCAGGGAAGCUUUGUGCCACAUGUGGAAACUUCAAUGGAGACAGAUCUGAUGACCUGAAGCUGCCCAAUGGAGUGGCCACAAAGAGUUUUGACGAAGUCCUUGAAUCCUGGGAGGCUGAGGUUUAGAAAAAUUGUAAUGUCUUCAAUCUUCGAUGCUUGGGAUGCUUUGACGUACCCAGUCUUCCCUUUUUUGUAACUGUUUUACAUCUAACAUUACAACUGAAUGCAAAAGGGGUUUCUGUCUUGUGCUGCAUCUUCUGUAUGUCAAUGGAAUGAAGACACAACAUCAGCUCAACAUCAGCUCAACAGCUCAAACUGCUAACAGGUGUCAUCCAGAAACACAGGGAACUUUGUCACUGGGUCUGAUAGUUUGUAACAUUUUUGUCACAUUUUUAACCAUCCUUUUAUCAGUGGAAAUAUAUCUUUGAACUAGCAUAACAGAGAAGUAAUGAAGGACAAGGGUGACCACCAUAUGACAGGAAUAGAAACAGUGAAAGACAUAUAGCCGUAUCCAGAGGACUGUUUUAUAAAAUGGACUCUUAGCCUCCAGUAAGCUUCGGUUAUUGCACUCUGAUUUUUGUUUGUUAAAAAAAAGUCUCAUUACCUUAUCUUCAAAACAAAAAAACUCCACUUGUAAAUAAAUCCUUUUCUGAUUUAUAUGAA